AUGGGUAGAAAGUGUUGUGUGCCAUACUGUUGUUCGAACUACGAUGCAGCCAUUAAACGUGGUCUUCCUUCGAUUAGUACAUUCAAGUUUCCCGAUGAUCCACAUCUUCUGAACGGUUGGACAAAAGCUAUUAAUCGACCUGGAUGGAAUCCGUCCAAACGUUCCAGCAUUUGUAUCAACCAUUUUGCACCGGAGCACGUUGAACGGUACGAUAAGCCGGCUAGGUUGAAACCGAAUGCAGUACCUAGUUUGUUUCCAGAGGCGCAACAUCUGGGGGUUUCCUCGAAUAGAAAUGCCGAUACAGAGAAUGGAGAAGAGUCACAUCAAACCCAAAAACGUACCUUGGAAGAUAUUCACAGCGAUGAGCUUGGAACAAUGGAUUUAAUCGAAGAUUUUAAAAGUUUUAAAACAGAAGUGCAGGAUAGACUGAUCAACAAAGAAUGGGUGUUUAUUUGCAGGCCUAAUGUAGCACAUUUAUUUAGCAUAAAUGAUGCGGACGAACGUUACGCUGUCAGAAUCUAUGCGAGUAUAAAAAUUUACAGCGAUUUAAGCAUGAGGAUUUACUUAAAUGAAGAGGAACAGCUUGGGACGGAAAAUAAGCUCUCAAGGUGGUCGCAACUCAAUAGCAUAAUUGAUUCCUUCACAAUGCCUCAAAUUGAAGAACUGAACGCUGAAGGAGGAAGAACUGAAUUGAAGGAGGUUAUCUUGCAGAGUCAAGAUAAUGAAACGUUGUUUCUCGAAGAACAUCUAGAAGAACCAGAACCAGAGAUUGAACAUGAAGUUCAUGCAGAAAGUACCAUAGAAUUAGCAAUAGAAAAACCAUCUCCCGAAGCACACUCUAACGAGAACGGCCGGACCGACGCUGAAGAUUGUCUUACAAAUCAUGAAAGUCGUAAAUCGGUGCUCAAAUGUGUACAAGAUUUACAGGCUGUGAGAAACAAAUGCUUUGUUUGCAACUCGGAACAUGAUACAGUGAAGGAUCUCGAGUACCACAUGCCGACCCAUCUAUCCUUGUUGCCAUACCAUUGCCUAAGCUGUGUCCACCAAGUUGUCAUCGUCAGAACUUUAGCUUCACUGAAUAAGCAUCAUUUAAUGCAUCAAAAACCGUUGAAAUGUCGGUUUUGCGAUAAACGUUUUACUGCGUACGGUUCGCGGAGAUUACACGAAGAUUUAAAACAUGACAAGAACACAAGAGUAUUUAAGUGUGAUGUAUGCCAAAGCGAGUUUUCAUCGAACCGUAGUUUGCGGAGUCAUUGUAAACUUCACGAAAAUCCCGAUUCGCUCAGAUGUUCCAUUUGCCAGCGGACAUUAUCUUCUACCUACGAGGUAAAACUGCAUAUGCGAACGCAUACGGGAGAGAAGCCAAACAAAUGUAGCUUUUGUGGCGUUUCUUUCAACCGAAAGUCAAAUCUAACAGAACAUGUGCGUCGAUGUCACAACCUUGAGCGACCAUUCAUUUGCGAAGUUUGCGGAGAACGGUUUAGUAGUCAAUUAAGACUUAAAAAGCAUAUGACUUCACACUAUCUCGAGCAGAAAACAUCACCAACAUCAACACGGGUUCGGAAAGCGUUCCAUUGCACAGAAUGUGACAAAACGUUCGAUACAUCGAUCCAAUACCAUUCGCACAAACGGCAGCACAUGAAACGUUUCCAGUGUAGCUACUGUGGCAUUAGGAUAGCUCAGCUGCGUGACUUUGAAGAUCACCAAAACACUCACACUGGCUCUAGGCCGUACGAGUGUCGCAGCUGUGGGAAAACGUUUAAAACUGCUUCCACGUACUACGGACAUCGAUUGAUCCACGGUGGAGAAAAGAAACAUUUUUGUCCCAUUUGUAACAAGGGGUUUCUGCGUUUGCGUCAUGUGCAGGUGCACAUGCGAACGCAUACCGGAGAAAAGCCCUACCGAUGUGAAUCUUGUGGCCGAAAGUAUGCCGACAAACAGACGUACAGCAGACAUCAGCUGACGCAUCGUCUUACCGUUGGUGAUAUGAUGAGGGCAAAGGAAAAUACAGCGAUGAAUGAAGAAAAGCUUCUCCAAGUCGAAAGUAUGCAACCAGUGGUAGUAUACGAUGCCUCGAACAGUGGACAUGGAUAUGAGUCGGAAUAUGCGUUGUUAACGAACAAUUUAUCGUCUUCUGUUUCAUCUGAUUCAAGCGUAAUUUCAAAUAAUCUCGUUUCAAACAUGUUAGACAGCCAAAGUUCAACGGUGUUCGAUGCUUUGUCACAAGGGACUUAUGUGGCGGAAUUACCACAAUUAACCUCCUCUGAUCAUGAUGGCACUAUAUUAAUAUCUGCAGAUGUACAAAACAUAAUCAUUGUUAAACAAUAG